AUGCAAGGGUGGGAGGUACUCAUGAAGGAGGUGAGUGAGGUGCGCAACAGGAUCAAAAAGGAGAGGGAGGAGGUGCAGCAGCGGCAGCAAGGGGAGGGGGUGGAGGAGGAGGGGAAGGUUCAUCACUCAAAGUCUGGAAUCAAGAUGACCUCCAGCUGCUCAUCAAAGCCGUCAACCUCCUCCCUGCCGGCACAACAAAGAGGUGAGGCCAUAACCCUUCAGGUUACAUCCUGUACUUACUUGCUGCUAGGUGAACAGGGGCUACACAUGAAGAGAUUCUCCCAGGACUUGAACCCAUGCCUUCUCGGUUGUGAGCCGAGCAUGCCUGACACUAAGUGGUGUGCAUGUGGGAGGUUGUGGCAGAGUAUAUCAACCAACACAGCCACCAGCAUCACCAGGCUGGCCAAGGAGGUGCUCAAUAAGGCCAAGGAGCUGCAACACUCAGACAAGCACAUGAGGGAGGCAGCCAACAAGAAUGCCUACCACAGCAUGGAGAAGGCACAGGCUCGGCAGGUGAUCAGCAACACCACAGCCUCCCAGAGAUAUGACACACCACAGGAGAUGCUGGGGAUGAACACUGCUGCUUGGGGAGCUGAGGAACAGAGGUUGCUGGAGCAAGCCCUCAAGACCUAUCCAGUCUCUACUCCUGACCGCUGGGACCGCAUUGCCAAGUGUGUCCCCAACCGAACCAAGAAAGACUGCAUGAGGCGCUAUAAGGAGCUUGUUGAGAUGGUGAAGGCAAAGAAGGCGGCUCAGGCUGCUGCAAUGGGAAAGAAUGCCACUUUUGGACUACCUGAAUUGGAGGACAGCUACAUAUAUUGA